UUUUUCAAAAAAAAAAGGUGGCACUCUUGCGUGCCGUGGAGUCGGGUUUGAAAAAAAAUGGCACGCUAUUUCGUCGAGAGACAAAACGGUAGUGCGUUCCCCCGUCAUCAAAUUCAUAUUCGCGCUAUGUGACGUUUGACUGAUCAUUUUUUUUUACGGCGCUAAUUCGAUUUGGUCACAAACGUCAAAUUUUCUCCUCAAGAAGGUUAGUUCGUUUCUCAACGGAUUACGCAACCGCUCCGAUUUUUGAACGCGUACUCCCGUAUCGGACAAUUUUUUGGAAAAAAAUGCGUGUGCGCUUAAAUUGAAAACAAACACUUGUUUGUUUGCGACACGUGCGUGCGUAUUUCGCGCUUAAUCAACGUCAGUUUUUCGCGAAUCAGUAUCACGGUGCCGAGAGUAAGGUUAGCAUCCUCGGCACCGAGCAGUGGCCUUCACACACACACACACACACACACACAUGAACGCGCGCCUACGCGUGCACACACACGCGCGCGCACGCACACACACAUGAAUUUGAUGCAGGUUCAGAGAACGUUGAACGAGACUACUUUCGUGUAUGUACAAGUGCCGCGGAAUUCGAUAAAGUUUUUCGAAACAACGUUAUUUAAGCGCAUAAAAAAGUUUUCAGCGACAAGACAGACGGGAUCGAAGAAACGGAGAUGCUGAAGAAACCGCACGAGAAACGAUGUCGCGCAACACGUUGAAUCGAAAAAUCGCCAGAAGGCGAAACAUCUGUGACGCGGCGCAAUGUUUAUAACAAUCGGUUUUGCAAUGAUUUACGCUGACAUCGCGCGCAAAAUGUCCCGGAACGUGCGAUACUCGUGUUCAAUCCCGCUGGUGUUUUAAACACAGACUCUCUCGGAUCUUAAAUGCCAGUGAUCAUGGCACAGAGAGAGAGCGAACAGUUUCCGUUACACAAAUGUGUGUUUCAAGGAGAUGUGAAAUUGCUGAACUCCUUGAUCAGGACGCGUGACAUUGCCGAGAAAGACAAACAAGGCAAUACGCCAUUGCAUUUAGCUGCAAUGUUAGGAAGAAAAGAAUGUGUCAAACUUUUGCUCGCACAUAGUGCGCCUGUGAAAGUGAAGAAUCUAGCUGGAUGGAGUCCAUUGGCUGAAGCAAUCAGUUAUGGAGAUAGACAAACCAUAUCAUCUUUAGUACGCAAAUUAAAGCAACAAGCGAGAGAGCAGAUGGAAGAGAGAAGACCAAAUUUAGUUGCUGCUCUGCAUCAAAUGGGCGAUUUUUAUAUGGAGUUGAAAUGGGAUUUUCAAAGCUGGGUACCAUUAGUUUCGAGAGUUUUGCCAUCAGAUAUAUGCAAGAUCCACAAAAGUGGAGCGUCAAUUAGAAUGGACACAACUCUCGUAGACUUUAACGACAUGCGAUGGGAGAGGGGUGACAUAUCAUUUAUUUUUAAUGGCGAUCAAAAACCCAGUCAUUCUUUAACUGUCCUCGACAAUAAAGCCAAACUUUUCCAAAGAGUGAGAUACGAGGAAACGGAACUUGAGAUCGAGGAUGAAGUUGAUAUUCUUAUGUCUAGUGAUAUUAUGGCGGCGCAAAUGUCUACCAAAGGUAUUACAUUUUCUAGAGCACAGACGGGAUGGAUUUUUAGAGAAGACAAACGGGAAAUGGUAGGUGCUUUCCAUGCUGAUUGUUAUCAAAUCAACGGCAUAACUCUGGAAAGCAGAAAACGUCGUGAACACUUGAGCGAAGAGGACCUUCAAAAGAACAAAGCCAUUAUGGAAUCCCUUACCAAAGGUAGUUCCCAAGGAUUCAAAAAUGGCGAGCCUCCUAUGAGAAGAGCGUCGUUGAGUCCACCACCUGAAUCGAAUAUAACAUGGGAAGAGUACAUUCUCGCACCGCCCGGUCAGUGCCCUCUUCUGGGGAGAAAUCUUGUUUACAAAGAAAGUAGCAAAUCCUUCAAAGCCACCGUGGCGAUGAGCCCGGACUUUCCCCUGACCGUCGACAUGUUACUCAAUGUUUUGGAAGUGAUCACGCCGUUCAAACAUCUGAGCAAGUUACGUCAGUUCAUACUCAUGAAGUUACCCCCAGGAUUUCCCGUUAAAAUCGACAUACCGAUUUUGCCUACGGUCACUGCUAAAAUAACUUUUCAAGAAUUUGCCUUUCGGAGUGACAUAGAUCCGGAAUUGUUUCAAGUGCCAUCGGAUUACUUCGAGGAUCCAAUGAGAUUUCCAGACUUAUGACGCUUCGACAUCCUAACUUUAAUCGAGAUCCAGCCUAGUUGGAGUAUUUUUUCCUCUGCGCUAUGGGACAAUCCGGCUUUCGAGAUUUGGGCCAGUUGGGAAAGCAUCUACCUAUAUGUUGUUCAUUGAAUAAUCUGUCAUUGUAAUUCAAUCACACACACACAUCUAAUGGCGAAUAGUGUCGAAUAUUUACGAGAUGUUCACAGAGAGUAAAAGCACGGAAAUGCAAAUCGUGUGUACUAAACAAAAAAAAAAAAAUUGAUAUAUCGGUAUGUAAUUACUAUUUAAUAUUCAAACUCGAUUAUAUACACUUGUUCGUUUGAUUUACAAAAGAAACUAAAUGUUUCUAUGAACAGUGAUGUGACAGUUAAAAAUUGCGACGGCUUUUCUUAGAUUUUGAUAUUGUACUCUUCAAAAAGUACAUAUUGCGACAAACGAUGUACAAUUUACGUAAUUUAAUUUAAUUUUUUUUUUUUUUUUCAAAAUAUCGCUAUUGCACAAUUUUUUUUAAAGUAGUGGUCUUCAAAAUUCUCUCUCUAAUGAUUUUUUUCACAUCAUUUUCUUUAAACUUUUCUUGUCUCCUGUCUCCACAGUCUCAUAUCAUAUU